AUGAACGACGACAGUGCCAGUAUGAACGACGAAGCCAGUAUGAACGACGACAGUGCCAGUAUGAACGACGACAGUGCCACGUCACUGCAAUGCCGGGGGUAUUGGGAGGGCCGGACGCCAGGUGAGGUGUACACGGGAGGCUGGACCAACUACACCACCUGUCUUAUACCCGAGAUCAGGAUACUUAUGGAUAAACUCUAUGCCAAGUCUAAGGAGGAUGCCCAGUUGAAGCUACAAGUGGCUGAGGUGAGCCGAGUGAUAGAGACAGUGGGUCUCUCUCUCUCCCUGGCGUCCAUCCUCGUCUCUCUCAUAUUCUCUUACUUCAGGUCACUCCGUAACAACAGGACCAGGAUGCACUUCAACUUGUUCGUGGCCAUGAUGAUUCAACUGGUGGUGAGGCUGACACUAUACAUUGACCAGUACGUGACCCGGAAGACAGAGCAGAGGUCAACAGGCAUAGAUAACACGCCUGUGUUGUGUGAGGUGUUCUACGUGUUGAUGGAGUACGCUAGGACGGCCAUGUUCCUGUGGAUGUUUAUAGAAGGACAUUACCUCAACAGUAUGCUGACUGUGGCAGUGUUUACUGACCAGCCCAACCACACUAUGUAUGGUGAAGUGGGGUGGGGCGUACCAGUGGUGAUGACGACAGUAUGGGCAGCUGUCACCGCCGUCCAGCACACAGGCACUGAGUGCUGGUGGGGAUACAACCUUAGUCCUUAUUUCUGGAUACUGGAAGGACCUCGUCUUACCGUCAUUAUUACCAACUUCCUGUUCCUGCUCAACAUACUAAGAGUUCUCAUCACCAAGCUACAGGCCAGUGUGUCCUCUGAGACCCAACAGGCCAAGAAGGCAGUACGGGCAGCCAUCGUCUUACUGCCCCUCUUAGGCAUCACCAACAGCCUCCAGAUGGUUCACUCACCACUAGAGGGGAACAUAGUCGAGUUUGCCGCCUGGAGCUUCGUCACCACCUUCCUCACCGCCUUCCAGGGAUUCUUCGUCGCUCUCUUAUACUGCUUCCUUAACAAUGAGGUGAGAGGAACGAUCACUAAGUGUGUGGCUAACCUCUACACUCAACGACUCCUGCCCAAGAGGUCUAAAAGAAGCUGCAUUAAUGGCAAUAUUGCAAGUGAGGCGGUAGGAGCAGAGGAGCCAUUAACUACAUUCAGAGAAGAAAUAACGAUAGAACACAGUGAAGAGCCAGAUGUUAUAACUACCACUGUAUGACCCAUCUUAUCUCCCUCCUCAUUCUCCUCACUCUCAUUCUCCUCACUCUCAUCUCUCCUCUCUUAUUCCCCUCCCUCGUUCUCUUCUCUUGCCCAUCUUCUCUCUAUUUGCCAUUCUCUUCUCCUCACUCUUCUCCCUCUCUUCCUUCGUCAUUUCAACUUCAUUAUCAUCUUUUUUCCUCCUCCCUACAUCUCAUCAGUCUCUUCACGUGCUCUGAUUGGCAUUACCGCCACCUACAUCAUCGAAUAAUCUGAUUGGUUCGUGUGAAAACUAAAGGUAAACACACAUCCAUGACGCACUCGACCAAUAAGAAGAUACGAAUGAGAAUAUACUUUAUUCUAAUUGGCUGAGAGGGAAACAUAUCUCUCAUUAUCAACAGAUUUCUAAGACAAUCCGGGUUCCGUAUAAGACCUGAGAGACAUAUACCACUGAUAGCUAAUUAAUAGUAUAAUGAGGUGAUAACUAAUUAACUAAGAAUGAGUUUACUAGACGUAGAUAUUAAGGUAAAUAGAUAAUUAAGAAAUUAUACGUGGAUUAUGAGAAAUAUGUCCUAGUGUUUGGUAAGGCAUGAGAGUACGUGUGUCUUAAUGUUCCUCAAGAUGAUAAUAAUUGUAUCUAAAUCUUUUUCUUUAGUUUUUAGGAUGUGCUUUAGCCUUGUGUGUGUGUGUGUGUGUGUGUGUGUGUGUGUGUGUGUGUGUGUGUGUGUGUGUCUUGUUGCUUGUCUGUCUGUCUGUCUGUCUGUCUUUUAGUACUAGCAGGACAUUUGACAGGAUGAUAUAAACGCUUAUCACUAUAUUAGCUGCUAUUUGCUAUUUCAAUCUAUUCCCACUAGCAAACAAUCCAUUUAGGAAAUUAUUCUUAAACUGUAGAUUUACGCCAUAACUCAUUAUGCUAAAUAUAAUCACAUAAUUAAUACAUUUUGAAUAAUUAUCUGCCGUCAUGGGUGUUUUAAAUGUCUUGUAUAGUGUGAGAGUAAUUAGCCACCUAUGAUUCGUGUGCAGGUGAUUAGAGACGCACACACCUGUUACACCUGUCACGCCUGUCACACCUAUCACACCUGUCACACCUUGUUAUUAUUUCCACUGAUUCUUUUUUAUCUCGUUAUUGUUAUCGUGUUAUCAUUGACCUCUGGCCGCCCUACGUGGCCCUCUGGGGGUGUUGGCCGUGUGUUGAGGAUCAGAGGUCAAUUCAGGUCAAUUCAGGUCAAUUCAUGAAUGUAAUUUACAUACAUACAUAUAUACAUACAUACAUACAUACAUACAUAACCUAGGGUGGAUUGUAUAUAUUGGUAUGGCGUUUAUGCUGUGAGAUUUGGUCUAUAGUGUAAAAUAUGUAAAGGAAAUAACUGAUGAAUGAACAGAUUUAUUGAAAAGAAUACCAAAACUUUUAUACAUAAUCGAAAAAAAAAAGUAUGGUUAUUUUUUCCAUUGGUUCUGUGUACACUGUAUAUAGUCAUUGGUGGAUGGUUGGUAUAGAUAUAUAAAUUUAUAUAUAUAUACUAUAAAACUCUGUUAUAUUUGUUAGUAAACCUAUAUAUAUAUGGAAGCUUAGGGUGUUUGUUGACAUUCUAUUGUUUACAUGUAGGUCUGUUUACCUCACUGAUGAAGGGAUUAUAAACUAGACGUGUUUACAAUGACUGGACGCAAAAGCUGAUAAUAGAGUAAUAUGGACAAGUCACGGUAUUGUUAAUAAAUACUUAACUACUGUUUUAAUUAGGCUACCAUUAGGGUUAAAACUGCAUAGGUGACGAUGUUGUUUUAAUUAGACUAUCAUUAAGGGUUAAAACUGUAUGAUGUUGAUGGCAGAGGCUUAUGAGUAUUGAUUAUAUAUGAAGUUUAUUUCUAUACGUGAUUAGGUUUAACGUCAGAUGGUUUAAUUAGAUUAAACCUUGGAUAUAUGGGUUUAUAUAUUGACCACUAUAUUACGACAGCUUUUGAGGUGUAUAUAAUUACUAUAAUUUAUCCCUUAAAUUAUUCCAUAUGAGUGAAAAAUUUUACUGUAUAAUCCUUAAUUAUUUCAGUGUGAAGGAUUAUGUAGAGUAACCAGAAAAUAAAUUACCUGUGUUACGUAAUUAGAAAAAUGAAGUAAUUAUUGAUAAAGGUUAAUUAAUUUGUGAUUAAUAUUGAGCAGGUGCCGAAUGUAAUUAUCUAUAUAUGUAGGUGAUUAAGAGUUACUUUAUCAGUACUCUUAUUAAUGAAACAGGUAGUUAAUGAGAUUUUACCUGUCUGGAGUCUAAUUAUCAUACUUAAAAUACUGAACCAACUCAUUUCUACACCAGGUUUAAUCCCCUCGUUACCUCAGUACCUUUCCAACGUAAUUAACCUGUCCACCUUAAGGAGACUUACCUGUACCCUUCACACCUGUUGAGAAUUUCUUUUAUGGUAAUCAACUCGAUAAUUGGUCCAUUUUGUAUGUAAUUGAUAAGGUGAGAUAGUGAAGCUAAGGAAGGUAGAUAGUGAAGGUAAGGAAGAUAGUGAAGAUAGAUAGUGAAGAUAGUGAAGCUAAGGAAGGUAGAUAGUGAAGAUAAGGAAGGUAGAUAGUGAAGAUAGUGAAGAUAGAUAGUGAAGA